AUGGCGAGUGCUGCUGCCGGCGGCCUGGAGGGGCCUUCGAAGCGCACGAAGAAGGUCGGCAUCGUCGGCAAGUACGGGACGCGGUACGGCGCGUCCCUGCGCAAGCAGAUCAAGAAGAUGGAGGUCAGCCAGCACUCCAAGUACUUCUGCAACUUCUGCGGCAAGUUUGCCGUGAAGCGUGUUGCCGUUGGCAUCUGGGGCUGCAAGGCCUGCAAGAAGACCGUGGCCGGCGGCGCCUACGUCCUGGCGUGA